UCCACGUGUUCUCUCUCUCUCUCUCUCUCUUCCAACUUCUCCAUCCUCCUUUCUCUCUAGCUCCAUCUACUUCCACCAUGCAAACGCCUUCUUUGACCAACAUAACCUCAGCCGAUGACCAACAACAACAACAACAACAAGAAGAUGAUUCCUUGCUCUUGCUUUCCCUCGCCCCUCCCGGCCAACAACCCAUCACCCAACCUUCCACAAAAACCAAUAAUCACCACAUGCUCAGCAACCCUACCACCACAAAUGAAACUAGUUUCACCGGUGGUGGUGUAACCGUAGCUUUGCACAUCGGCCUUCCUCCUCCUCCUCCACCACCGACAAACCCUAACCCUAACCCUAAUAAUAACGCCUCCCCUCCUCUUCCACUUGAGGGACAGUACUGGAUCCCUUCCGCUUCCCAAAUCCUCGUCGGCCCCACCCAGUUCUCCUGCCCCGUCUGCUCCAAGACCUUCAACCGUUACAACAACAUGCAGAUGCACAUGUGGGGCCACGGAUCUCAGUACCGAAAGGGCCCCGAGUCGCUUCGGGGAACGAAGCCGGCCUCCUCCUCGAUGCUCCGGCUCCCAUGCUACUGCUGCGCCGAGGGUUGCAGGAACAACAUCGACCACCCGAGGUCGCGGCCGUUGAAGGACUUCAGGACACUGCAGACGCACUACAAGAGGAAGCACGGCGUCAAGCCGUUCGGGUGCAGGAAGUGCGGCAAGAGCUUUGCGGUGAGAGGCGACUGGAGGACGCACGAGAAGAACUGUGGGAAGCUAUGGUUCUGCAUCUGUGGGUCGGAUUUCAAGCACAAGAGGUCGCUCAAGGACCAUGUGCGUGCUUUUGGGGACGGGCAUUCUCCACAUACCGUGGAAGGGUAUGUGGAGAAUGGAGGAGAAGAAGAUGAUGAUCAAGAAGAAGAAGAAGAAGAUUGCAGUAAUGAUGAUGAUGAUGAUGAAGAGGAAGAAUAUUGUUAUCCACGUUUGGACAAUAACAAUGGCGGGCCGGCUCGUCAUCGUCAUAUUAUUCAUCGUGGUGGUCCGUUCCUCUACUAA